AUGGGUCAGAUGGCCUUCCAGAUCCUUGCGGUGCAGAUGAGAAACGAAGAUUCGUACGCGUCCUCGGUAUAUCAACCACGUAGGGAUGCAAAUCCUUACAGUGCGUCGCGGUUCGAUGGGUUAGAAGGCCCGCAAGGAGAAGAGGAGACGUGCACCUCAGCACUGUCUUUUGAAAAGGCAAGAAAGAAAAUAGUUUUACAGAUGCCAGUACGUGAGGAGAUGGAUCACGAAUCCCCUAUGGAUUCAGAUUCAGACACAGACAGAGUGUUGGAGGCGCUGGUGGGCCCCUGGAAGGCAACCGGAGCUGUCUCGAAGCGGCACCGUGAGGAAGUUGACAGUCUGGGGGAGGAAGAGGGUGAGCCCUCUGAGAAGGCUGUUGCAGUAGAGCCUGAGCCAGUUCUUGUUGCAAAAACGAAGGCGAAGGCAAAAGCGGGGAGGGGGGCAUACCUUGGGUACAGUGUUGCCAAAGCCCGUCUCAAAGAAAUGGAUAUGUGCUCAUUUGAGACCGAAGCGGCCGCAGAUAAUGCAUACCGUCUCAACCCCCCUCAGACUAGGUCUAAAACUCGGUCCCAAAGAGCGGAAGAGGAAGUCCGGGAGCGAAGUCCAAUCAUAGUGGCUGAAGCAACCCCCGAAGCAGUAGAUGUAUACGCACCGUCAAGAGAUGAGCUCAUCGAUAGGGCCCGGAAUGCAGUCUCCUCUAUAACGAGUGAGGCUAAAAAGUCCAAAAACCUCAGAGGCGGCGUGAGGAGCGAAAUUAGCAGGGCCACGACAGAGAUCCAAAAGGCUAUGGAUACCCUGCAGGCCAUGUCAUCCGAUGAGGAAGCUCGAAGGCUACAUGCGGACAACAGGAGGAUGCAAAAGGAGUUGGCAGCAUUAAGGGCUGAGGUCAAGGCCCUCCGGUCCUCCUUCUCAGCAAGAGAGAAAUCGCCUACUGUGGGUCAGCCCGCUACUGACGCGAAUCUUCAGACCUCCCCAGCGUUUGUAGAAAUGCUGGAAACUCUAAAGAGGGACCUCUUCGUCUCCAUCGGGGGUAUGGUUAAUGACCGCCUCCGGGAGGUGGAGAAGCGGCUCCCCCAGGAGCCCGUACUGAGGCCACCACUUGCAUCAGGCAAAAAGAGGGAAAAGGCGGCGCAACGUCCUCUUGACGAACCAUCUGCGGGUCCAUCGCCAGCGCGCGCGACUACGUCGUGCUCGGCGGCAGGUACUAGGACCACCAUGCCUGUUCCAGCGUCGCAACCAGAGCGUAGUGUUCCCGUACGUGGUACAGUGCAACGGGAGACUGAAGCCGCUGAAACUACGACAUUGCCGACCUGGUCAAAGGUAGUCGGGAGAAAGACGAAGGCCAAAACUGGCAAAUCUGCGAUGCCCAAACCCAAACCUGCCGCCCAAGCCCGCGUACCCGCUAAUGCAAAGCCCCGGAAGGGUAAACUGGCCUCCCCGAAGUCCUCGGCGGUCGUCAUCACCUUGAAACAGGAUGCUGUCGCAACGCAAAGUUACGCGACGGUAAUGAAGACGGCCACCUCAGGCCUAAACUUAAAGGAUGUAGGUGUAGACCACGUCCGGGUCCGCAAAUCUGCCACUGGGGCGCGAAUUAUCGAAGUCCCGGGGUCUAGCAGCGCCAAAGCCGCGGAUGAGCUCGCCAGUAAGCUGCAAGGUCUUGUGGGUCAAUGGGUAACAGUUGCCCGUCCUAUCAAAACCGCCGAGCUUCGACUCGUUGGGCUCGAUGAGUCUAUCACCCCCGAAGAGGUGCAGCGAGUUGUGGCGGAAAAGGGAAGCGUCCCGGUUGAGCAAGUAAGGGCAGGUGCUCUCCGGUUGGGACCCAAUGGGACAGGGUCAACCCUGGUACGAUGUCCGGUGACUGCAGCGAAGCUGCUAAUUGCGAUGGGAAGAGUAGUCAUUGGAUGGUCCUCGGCCCGUGUAACACUCCUAGAGCCCCUUCCGAUGCGCUGCUAUAAAUGCAUGGGGACGGGACAUACACGGUCCCUCUGCCCAUCCCCUGUUGACCGAAGCACUCUGUGCUUCAGGUGCGGCAAAGAAGGGCACAAGUCGGCAUCGUGCUCGGUAGACCCCAAAUGCGCAGUCUGUACAGAGAUAGGCAGAAAAGGUGGUCACGUUAUGGGGGGACUGAAAUGUUCCCCACCUCCCACGAAAGGCAAGGAGGCCACUUUUACCCGGGCCUCUGAAACUUCCAGAUACCGACAAGAACCGGCACAAGAGGAUUUUUACAUGGAAGAUUAA